AAUCAGUUUUGUAUUGUCCUCAGAGUAACUGAUUGUUAAUUUCAGUGUUUUAAAGUUAAUCAUUGAGUGAAUUUAAUUUGAUACAAUUUGUUAAUUGUUCUCUUAUCAACUUUUCUCUAACGUGUACAAAAAUUUUUGUCUGGUUGUCAAAGAGAAAUCUUCAAGUUUGUUCUCUGUUUUUAUUUUUCUCUUUGUGUUUCUUAAUCAAUUUCUAUUGAUUUUGUUUCACCUUUUUAAAUUUCAAUUCUCUUGUUCUCAGUAAUUAAUUUAAGAUGUUUUUCCGUGGAUCUGGUUCCCGGAAGGUUUUACCAAUCUUCCUGACAAUUGGUCUUUUGGUUACUUUUGAUUCAAUUAAUGCAAAAGAAAAAGAUUCCAAUGACUCAAAAGAUUCUAAAGAUAAGGAUAGUGUAGGUACAGUAAUUGGUAUCGAUUUGGGUACUACUUACUCUUGUGUUGGUGUCUUCAAAAAUGGUCGUGUUGAAAUUAUUGCCAAUGAUCAAGGUAAUCGUAUUACACCAAGUUACGUAGCAUUUACACCGGAAGGUGAGAGAUUAAUUGGUGAUGCUGCUAAGAAUCAAUUGACUGCCAAUCCAGAAAACACAGUCUUCGAUGCUAAACGUUUAAUUGGUCGAGAAUGGUCUGAUCAUACUGUCCAAUCGGAUAUUAAACAUUUCCCAUUUAGAGUCGUGGACAAAAAUAGUAAACCUCACAUUACAGUCAAAACCGGUCAGGGUGAUAAAACCUUUGCUCCUGAGGAAAUCAGUGCAAUGGUUUUGAUCAAGAUGAAAGAAACAGCUGAAGCAUAUCUUGGUAAAAAGGUUACCCAUGCUGUCGUCACCGUACCAGCUUAUUUCAAUGAUGCUCAGCGUCAAGCUACCAAAGAUGCCGGUACCAUUGCUGGUCUCAAUGUUAUGCGUAUUAUCAAUGAGCCAACUGCUGCGGCCAUUGCUUAUGGUCUUGAUAAGAAGGAAAGUGAAAAGAAUAUCUUAGUCUUCGAUCUUGGUGGUGGUACUUUUGAUGUCUCCCUACUUACAAUUGAUCAAGGAGUAUUUGAAGUAGUUGCAACCAAUGGUGAUACUCAUCUUGGUGGUGAAGAUUUCGAUCAACGGGUAAUGGAUCAUUUUAUUAAACUUUACAAGAAGAAGACCGGUAAAGAUAUUCGAAGUGAUAACCGAGCUGUUCAAAAAUUGAGAAGAGAAGUUGAAAAGGCUAAGCGAACCCUUUCAUCAGCCCAUCAAGCUAGAAUUGAAAUUGAAUCAUUCUUUGAUGGAGAAGAUUUCAGUGAAGUUUUAACCCGAGCCAAAUUCGAGGAAUUGAACAUGGACCUUUUCAAAUCAACCCUUAAACCUGUACAAAAAGUUUUGGAAGACGCUGAUCUACAAAAGAAAGAUAUUGAUGAGAUUGUUCUGGUCGGUGGUUCAACCCGUAUUCCCAAAAUUCAACAACUUGUUAAAGAAUUUUUCAAUGGAAAAGAGCCCACUCGGGGCAUUAACCCUGAUGAAGCUGUUGCCUACGGUGCUGCCGUUCAAGCUGGAGUUUUAUCUGGUGAAGAAGAUACCGGUGAUCUUGUUUUACUUGAUGUUAACCCUCUUACCAUGGGUAUUGAAACUGUUGGCGGUGUUAUGACCAAAUUGAUUCCUCGAAAUACUGUUAUUCCAACCAAAAAAUCUCAAAUCUUCUCAACUGCCUCUGAUAAUCAAAAUACUGUUACCAUUCAAGUAUACGAAGGAGAACGUCCAUUAACCAAAGAUAAUCAUCUUCUCGGUAAAUUUGAUUUAACCGGAAUUCCACCUGCACCCAGAGGUAUUCCUCAAAUUGAGGUUACAUUUGAAAUUGAUGUUAACGGUAUCUUAAAGGUAUCAGCUGAAGACAAAGGAACUGGUAACAAGGAAAAGAUUACCAUUACCAAUGAUCAUAAUCGUCUAUCUCCCGAUGAUAUUGAAAAGAUGAUCAAAGACGCUGAAAAGUUUGCCGAUGAUGAUAAACGUAUAAAGGAAAAGGUUGAAGCCAAGAAUGAACUUGAAUCUUAUGCAUACUCACUUAAAAAUCAAAUUGGAGACAAGGAGAAACUUGGUGCUAAGCUUACCGAUGAUGAUAAAACAAAGAUUGAAGAAUCUCUUGAUGCUGCCAUCAAAUGGCUUGACGCUAAUGGUGAAUCAGCUGAUACCUCAGAACUUAAAGCUAAAAAGAAGGAAUUAGAAGACGCAGUCCAACCAAUUAUCGCUAAACUUUACGCAACUGGCGCAGGACCAACUCCCGGUGGUGGACCAGAAUCAAGUGACAGUAAAGAUGAAUUAUAGAAAGUUUAAUUGAAAAUAUAAACUUAAUUUAUACUAGUGAAAAGCAAAAACAAAUGAAUAUUUUGUAAAUAUUGAUAAACAAAAAUUACAACAACAAAAAAAAUCCACCUUUUGAUUUACAAUUUUUUGGUUUAAAUCUAUAAACGAAAAACAUAACAUUGUCUCAAUAAAUUCUCGCUCUUUGUUUCUUUUA